AUGAGCAUUGAGCAGAAGCACGGCAAUUUAAUUGUCAACUACAGCGACCGUUUGGUUCGACUUCUUCGGGAAGUUCGGCAACUUUUGAGCUUCGGAUUUUCCGUGCCACGAAAAAUUGUCGAAUGUGCUAGUACUGGAGAACAAUUUUACAAAUAUGCUAUCAUACUGAAACAGGUUAACUAA